GGAAAAGAAGGAACCUACCCUACGCAAAACCUGAAAAAUUUAUAAAAAUCUUCCUAAUUUUCAUAAUAAUAAUUUAAAAUGAAUUCAAACUUAUUUAAUUUUAGUAAAUUCGUCUUUAAGAAUCAAUUCGUGCCAGGGUUUGGUUUUCAGCAAGUCAGGAAUAAAUGGGCUAAUUGGAUGAUGAUUCGCGACGUGAAGAGGAGACGCAUGAGUGCCGAGCAUUUCCUGGAGCGAACUAGAAUUAACGCCAUGAGAAGGAAUAAUGUGCUGCCAGUAGAAAUAAGAGAGAUAGCCGAUAAAGAAAUCAACAAAUUUGAAAUGAAUGCUAUACCGUUGAGAAUUAAUAACAGAUGUGCAAUUACAUCGAGGCCUCGUGGAAUAGUCAAAGAAUGGAGACUUAGCCGGAUCGUAUGGAGACAUUUGGCAGAUUACAACAAACUAUCUGGAGUGCAGAGAGCUAUGUGGGGAUAACUGAAUUAUCACCUUUUUGUUUCUUGAGAGUUUAUGCAUUCACUAAUGGUUUUGACUGGCUUAAAUUAACCAUUGAAC